CGCCGGAAGUGCCUCCGGGGGACACUUCGCCGCCCGACACGGGGCCUCCCGUAACCCAGGGUGGCCUCCCCGCCGCGGCAGCCCGGCUGUCCUGGGUGCCGGGGUGUGAGCAGCGGCUUCGUGCCGCCGGGCCCGUGCAGCUCCCGUUUUUGGAAGCAGGAUCUGGGACCGGCCAUCCUCCUGCUUCAGCGUCUCCAGUGAGGUGCUGGGCGUCCCUGCUGGGCAGCCAUGUCUCCCUCAUUAAACCCGUGGGCAGCUGGAUGACAUCAGAGCCCAGGAGGGCCUUCCAGCUGGGCACAGCUUGUCAGUCCUGUUUGGGACGCGUCCACCAGGGUCUUUGCAGAGCGCCCUUCUCAUAGCUGUAGAUGUCUGCUUCCGGGUUAAUUCACCCAUGUUUAGAGAGUGUCUGUGAGCCGGGGGUGUGGUUCUGCGCCUGUCAGGCCGCGCAGGGGGCGCGGAGGGGAGGAGUGAAGUGUGAAAUGUAUCGCACGGGCUUCGGCGACUGUGGAGGAUUCUAAAGUGAAGUCGUGGGAGGAUCAGCCAGGCAGCCGUGAGAUCCAGUUUCCCGAUCUGCCAUCCAAGCUGUCCUGAAGGGGGUCUGUUUUCAGUUCGGGGUUUGAGUCCCUGGAGAUGGGGGUCACUGGAGGUCAUCCUCCAGGACCAGGUCCCCGGGGCCUGGCUUCCAUCCGUUCCUCCUCCUGUGGGCAUCGUGUGGAGCCUGUGACAUGGGAGAAGCCGUGCGAGCCAGCGGGCUUCUGCGUGAGGCCACCUCCUGUGACGGAAAUGGCCGAACAGCGCCAGGACUCUUAUUUUCUUCCUUGGUUGCCGGAGGCCGUCGCCAUGGUGACGGAGCAGGAGGUGGAGGCGAUAGGGAAGACCCUGGUGGACCCCAAGGAGCCUCUGCAGGCCCGUUUCCGGGCCCUGUUCACGCUGCGGGGGCUCGGGGGCCCGCACGCUAUCGCCUGGAUCAGCCGGGCCUUCGAGGACAGCUCUGCCCUGCUGAAGCACGAGCUGGCCUACUGCCUGGGCCAGAUGCAGGACUCGCGCGCCAUCCCAGUGCUGGUGGACGUGCUGCGCGACAGGAGCCAGGAGCCCAUGGUGCGACACGAGGCGGGGGAAGCUCUGGGGGCAAUCGGUAACCCGGAAGUUCUAGACCUCCUCAAGCAGUAUUCUACGGACCCAGUGGUUGAGGUGGCUGAGACGUGCCAGCUGGCUGUCGGGCGUUUGGAGUGGUUGCAGCAGCACCCUGGGGAGGCCGGGAGUGCAGGACCCUAUCUCUCCGUGGACCCGGCACCCCCUGCAGCCGAGCAGGAUGUGGGACGGCUGCGGGAGGCCCUGCUGGACGAGGCGCUGCCACUCUUUGAGCGGUACCGCGCCAUGUUUGCCCUGCGCAACGUGGGUGGCAAGGAGGCGGCUUUGGCCCUGGCUGAAGGUCUGCGCUGCGGCAGCGCUCUCUUCCGCCAUGAGGUGGGCUACGUGCUGGGCCAGCUGCAGCACGAGGCGGCCGUGGGCGAGCUGGCGGCCACCCUGGCACGGACCAACGAGAGCGCCAUGGUGCGACACGAAUGCGCAGAGGCCCUGGGUGCCAUCGCCAGGCCCGCCUGCCUGGCCGCACUGCGGGAGCACAUCACCGACGCCGAGCGUGUGGUGCGGGAAAGCUGCGAGGUAGCGCUGGACAUGUACGAGCACGAGUGCGGCCUGGACUUCCAGUAUGCAAACGGGCUGGAGCGCCUGCGGCCGCCGCUCUAACCUGGCAGCACCCGGCACCGCCUAGGACUACCCAGGACUCUGCCGUGUGAUAUCCCGCAGUGGGCAGGGUUCUGCGGGCCGUGCCCUGUGUGUGGGACUCUUCCAGCAGCGCCCACUAUCCAGACUUGGGGGCCAGUCAGCUGUACCGCCUUGAUUCCCAUCCUCCACAGCUGCCUCUCUGGAUGCUGGUGCACAGUGCUUCCUCCUGGAGCUGUCUGGCUAUAAUUUUAUUCCCUCCAGACGGGCGCACUGCAGUGUGGGAGCUUCCGGAUACCAGGGAAUGGUCAGGUUUGAGAUACCGGGGAAGGUUGUGGGGUCUCAGGUCGGUGAAUACUUACGACUUCGUGGGGUUAGGGGCAGUGCAUGGGUGCCUCAUGUCUGGGCCAUCAGGGGGCACAAGCCGACUCCAGGACGAUGCACAAUAAAAUAAGUUAUUUUUGACAAA